UCUGCCCGUUGGAGGAGGCGGGGCUUGUCGGAAUGUGAAUAACGCCCCUCUGGCCUGUGGCUCGAUGUACUGACACUUCCUCUUAGUGUUAGUUACCCAACCGAAGGUGUUUACGCUCCUCUCCGGUCUUCAGAUCCUGACAGGAAUUAUGGCUGCGGCUCAGAAAUGCCACGCUAAAGGAAGCUGCGCUCCUGGUCCUGUACCCCAGGGCCAAAUUCGCAUCUACAGCAUGAGAUUCUGCCCUUUUGCCCAGAGAACCAGGCUGGUGCUCAAAGCAAAGGGUAUUAACCAUGAAACAGUGAACAUCCAUUUGAAAGAGAAACCUGAGUGGUACCUGAAGAAGAACCCUCUUGGUUUGGUGCCGACAUUGGAGCUCCCCAGUGGUCAAGUGAUCUAUGAAUCGCCAAUCACAUGCGAAUACCUGGAUGAAGUGUAUCCUGGGAAAAAGCUGACACCCUCUGACCCUUUUGAGAAAGCCCAGCAGAAGAUGCUGCUGGAGGAGUACUCAAAGAUCAUUCCAUUGUUCUACAAGAUCCCUGGAAGCAGGAAAAGUGGUGAGGAUGUGUCUGCAUUGGAGGCAGAACUGAUGGAGAAACUCUCCAAACUGAAUAAGGUUUUUGUGGACAAGAAAACCACGUACUUUGGCGGUGACUCUGUCACGAUGAUUGACUACCUGAUCUGGCCGUGGUUUGAGAGGGCUGAGGCAUGGCAGCUGAAUCAGUGCCUGGACAGCACUCCGGAGUUGAAGAAAUGGAUUUUGCUCAUGCAAGAGGAUCCAACAGUGAAAGCCAUCAUGUUUGACGCAGAAACACACAAAGCCUUUUUCAACUCAUUCAUGGCUGGAAAUCCCAAUUAUGACUAUGGUUUAUAGAUUUACGCACAUACUGUAGUUGAUGUGGCCAUCAUAUUAAUUUUGUAGUCAAAUUUUUCCUUUUUCCUGUCAUAUUGAGGAUGAGCAAUAAUGGAAUGGCAAUAUUGCUUGUUUUGCUUUUUGGAGGUUUGGGAAUGUUUUAUCCUUUCAAACAUCAACAUAUUCUGGGCUUAAUGCAAAUAAAUUUUGUAUAACUACUGUGGGCAAUGUUAAAUAAAUGAUCUUUCCAUAAAUAUUA